CCUUAUCAUUGUAUGUCACUUCUAAUUUCCCAAUUUAGCAUCCACUCUCUACCUCUCUCAUCCCAUACACCACCUCCCUCCACGGCGGCGCGUGGAGGCACAAAAUGAACAACCUCUCCUUCCACCUCCACUACUGGCUAGUAGACCACCCAACAAUCAGCCAAUUCGAGUGGAAACAAGGCCACACAUGGGGUUCCUCUCUCCACUUCCUCACCUUCACAGUCCUCACCUACCUCACCCUCACCCUCCUCCUCCACCACCACCGCCUCCACCUCCCUCCUCUCUCCGCCACCCUCCUCCACCGCAUCUCCGCCGCCCACAACCUCCUCCUCCUCCUCCUCUCCGCCACCAUGGCUCUAGGCUGCUCCCUCUCCACCCUCUCCCAAAUCCCCAACCCUAAAUGGAUCUUCUGCUUCCCCAAAAACCAAACCAAGCCCACUGGGCCCAUCUUCUUCUGGGCCUACAUCUUCUACCUCUCAAAACUCCUCGAAUUCAUCGACACCCUUCUCAUCAUCCUCAACACCAGCAUUAGACGGCUCUCCUUCCUCCACGUGUACCACCACGCCGUGGUUGUUAUCAUGUGUUACCUGUGGCUCUCCACAUCACAGUCUCUCCUCCCAGUGGCGCUCGUUACCAACGCCUCCGUUCACACGCUAAUGUACGCAUACUACUUAUUGUGCGCGCUGGGGAAGCGUCCGUGGUGGAAGAGAUUGGUGACCGACUGUCAGAUUAUACAGUUCGUGUUCAGCUUUGCGGUGUCGGGUUUGAUGUUGUAUUAUCAUUUCACCGGAUUAGGGUGCUCCGGGAUCUGGGGUUGGUGCUUCAAUGCGGUUUUCAACGCUUCGCUUUUGGUUCUUUUCGUUGACUUCCAUGCUAAGAAUUAUGCUACCAGGAAGAAGAAAGAGGAGGCUGCUGAUAAGAUGAUGAAUAAACGGUCCUGAUUUUUUUUAUGGUUUGAGCUGUUAUAUUGCUUUUUCUAUUUAUAUUUCAGUUUUUAUUUUUAUUUUUUAAUUUUUAAAAGCAUGAAUAUCUUCGUUGUGAAGUGAACAAAUUUGAUUGUGAGGGGAAAAAAAAUAGGGUAAAUUAUAGUGAUUACCCUUAAAUUUUAGAAAAGAAAUAUAAUAAGGGUUAUAAUUUUUGAUUGUGAA